UUCAUAUUCUUUUUAAUAUAUUUAUGGAGCUAAGCAAAGAGGAGACUAGUAAAUAUGCUGAUCUGCUCUAGUAAAUGCAGAACGGAAAUGCUUUUAAUGACAAAUCAAAGCUGCUAGAUUAUCAAGCUCUAAUGCUUUGACUCCUGCUUUUAGUUGAUGUUACUGUGAAAUCCCAACACAUUUAAAUGCAGAUGGGCAGUAAAGUGAAGCAACAAAAAACACAUAUGCAAUCAUGUGUGUCUCUGUAUUCUCUGAUGCUGCUCAAUACUGAAGAAAUAGCUAGCCAUCAAAUGACGACAGUGUGUAUAGAGGAUAAAAAGGAAACAUUUUCAGUAGCACUGCUUGAUAAGGGGAAACAUGAGGUGAAAGAUACUGACGAAGAAAAUGAAUGGAGUGAAAAGUGAUUGACAAGUGCCUGCUAUAAAGCAACUCCUACAAGAAUAAGGAGAAGAGAAAAAAGGCAACUCUGAAGACAGCCACUGAAAAUUACAGCUGUAUGGAAAGAAUACUGUUUAUCUUCUGUUUUUAAUGCAAAAACAAAAAGAAAAUAUACUGAAAAGAAGAUUAAAGAACACCUCUGCUUAAAGGUCAAACGUAUGAUAUGAGACAAUUUUAGUAAAGUUGCAGCAAUGGGCAUUACUGUUCAAAAUAUUACUUCAACAACAGCUUGGGUGACAUGGUCUCCUUCGGCAAAGUGUGCAGACAGCUUCUACAGUGUUAUGUAUCGUCCUAACUGGAACAGUUUGAUCACAGGUUAUUCCAGAAAAAACUUUCUGAAGGAAGACAGAAUUCCUGGCAGUCAAACUUCCACUAAUCUUGGAAAUUUAAAUCCACAAACCACGUAUAUUCUUUGCGUCACCUGUCAGUCAGCAAAUCCAUCCAGUGAUCAAUGCCGUAUCUUCAACACUCUAGGGCAGGAUGCAUCCUCAGUGGGGAGUGGCAGGAAAGAAAUUGCUAUGGGCAUCUGGCUUACCAGUAGUAUUCUACUGCUCAUAAUUGCUGGGAUCCUGCUCUAUGGCUGUUUGCAUAUUUGGUGCCGCAGGAGACAAGAUAAUUCUGAUGACAACAGUGUGGAUCUGCAAGUGCCUCAAUGUUUGAAUAAGGUUCACAAUGACAAAAGGUGUGCCACUGACAACCCUUAUGUUCAAAAGGUGGAUGGAGAUGGUACACAUCCAGCAACAAUAAUUGAAAACCCCUUCAUUCCAACACAGACUGCUACAUUCAAUGAUACAGGGCAGGAGAUGACCCAAAUUUCUAAUCAUGAAAUGAACAAUUCACCAUAAAGAAUUUAAGAAAUCUUUUGAAGUGUAUCAAAUAGACAUCAUAAAACAUAGUAAGAAAGGUGUCUGUGCUGCUUGUCCUCCAUGGUACACUUGAACUCUGUGUCCACGGGGAAAAGGACUUCUACUUAGAUAAAGCACAACAUUAACAAUGUCUGGUCUUACUUGCACAGAAUAUAAGGCAUAGGAAACACAUGUUUGAUAUAAAAUGUGUUAUGCUGAGGUAUAUUGAUUAUACAGGUUACUUCUGUGAACCAUAAUGAACCUUACAAAACAAGGUGGGGGUGACUACAAAAGGUGGUGUGACCACAAUUACAAAUUUUUUUAUUGAAACAAAAACAAAGAAGCAUUUCAACUGGGUUCAAUUAAUAUUAAAAAAUAAAGAAAUUUAAUGUUACUCCAGUCUCAAUAAAAUUACAGAUGUUUUAAGUUUACUGUGGCAGUUAAUUAUUUUUAAUUUAAAAUAAUACACCAAAAUUACUGGCAUGUUAUAUAUCUAGGGACAUUAGUAAAAUAAAGGAUAUAAAUUUUUCAUGUUCAGAUAAAUGAAUAUUUGGAUACUAAUGAUACUUAAUCAGAUAAUAUGUGCACUAA